UCGCUGCCUGUUGAAGAUGCUGGAAACUGCUCAGUUCCAGUGGGCGUCGUGCGCUCGCUGCGGCAUCUGGACACGGGCUGUUAAUUGCCUGGAUAAUCUGCGCAAAACGCGCCGUCUCCGCGACAGGGACUGGCCUCUCCGGGGUGCGCGCACUUUUGCGGUCGACAGCAACAAUCGUGGAUAAAUCACCAUAAUAAGCAUAUUAUAGCAAAGACUUUAAAAAACUAAGCCUCUCAACAUCUUUUUGCUCGAGCCACACUGGUGUGACUUCGUACUUUUCUGCUGCUGUCUUUCCCAGUUCCCACACUGCAACCACCCCCCUCCCUCUUUCCAUUAUCCACCGUCCUUUCAACCCCAGAUCUUCAACGGAGCCUAAUUACUGGUCUUUCGUUCGUUUUGGGAACGUUCUUGGUUUCGUUUUUAUCAACGUUGGCCCUUCGCUGCCGCCUCUGCUACCUCGACGAAUCCAGCAGAAAGAACUUCGCAAGCGGGCCCAGUCCCAUCGAAUCUGAAAGAAUCAAAGGAUCAAAGAGUAAAAUGCACACCACCACUGCCACAUAAUCUUGCUUUGUUACUUGAUCAGGAACGUAUCUUCAGUGCCACUCAGUUUCUCCAGCUGAUGCUGAGUGGCCCGGGUACUUCCCUGCUUCUCUCUCUUGACAUGAGUGUACUCGGUCGACACGAUGUCAGCGAAAGCCGUCACCACUCUCCCAGCGAUUCCUCGUGUUCCGGAGGAUGGCCAGUUUCCUGCUAUUUACUGGAAAAGGAGAUACGACGUACGGCAUCCUUCUCCAAACCCCGUCAUUGCGACUCUCGAUAUAGAGUACAAUGAGCUAGCAAAGGCUUGGAAAAGGCUGCAAGAACUGCUUCCCCAACCAGACCAAGUAGAUUUUGAUGAACGCCCACAGACUUUACAGGAUGUCCAUGCCCUUAUCCGCGAUAUUCAAAGCGGAUGGGCAUCCCAGCCAGAGCGACAAUUAUUUAGGAAGUCGAUGACGCUCUGCGACACUUUCUUAGCCACUCUCGAUUCACAUACGCUCCCAUUGACGACGCUUCCGAGUCACCAGUUCUACUCUUCGCUUUUGUACGCCGCUCUGCAGUCCAUCAUCAAGGCGGCUGCUAAUUACCCCAGGAUCAUGGAGGGGGUGAUGAAGGCUCUGGUCCAAGUGAACCAAUCUAUUUGUCCGCCAGCAGGCAUCGAGCCACCGCAGCUCACACAGCAUUCUGUACCAUCGAUCGCCAAAUUCUACUCGCUAACUUUUUUCCUUCUCGGUGAACUGAUGGACUGGUAUGCAAGGAGAUUCAAUUGCCGAUUGCUAAAAAGUCUUCACGAAGACGUAUACCCCGACUUCUCGGGCUUGAUCUCGACCAUUCAAAAUAGCGCAAACCAAUUCGUUGACGUCUCGGCCAAUGCGAUGGAUCUCGACGACAGUAACUACCAAUACACUCGGGGCUCCGCGCACCCUGUGGAUAUAAGAUUAUGGGAAGAGGCACGAUUGAGUCAAAUAGGCAAACGCAACAUUGAUCGGCGAUUCGCAGCCCAGAACGCAUUGACUCGAUUGCUCAUAUGUGAGAUUCAACGAAGUGCAGACCGAAGAGCUCGAUUGAUGGGACAGAGGGGCGUGCUUCUUCAGCAGAUGCGCCAUACCGCAAAUCAACGUUUUGGAGUUAUCGGCCAACAAACCGAGGGUGUUGUCUGUUUGACGACGGCUCCAGGACAAGAUCUGCUUCUACCACCCACGCCCUCAGAAACGUCGAAGCAUAAAUACACCCGAGUCGAACUACAGCUAGCUUCGGCACGUCUACAGGAUUUCUUCGAUAGCGACAACCAACUCCUCGACUACCAACCAGAUGUGAGAGUCAUGGUGGAGAACGGCACCAUUGAAGCGUUACAGCAAUGGGCAACAGACGCAUACUCUCAAGUUUUAGCCAUUGGAGGCUCACCAAAUUCCAAUGUUUCCAACCCUGCCCUCAUCUCGGCCUGUUAUGCCAACCUCGCACUAGACGCCAAACUCCCCGUCAUUACACACUUUUGCUCUAGACCACAGACCGCUAAGAACGGAUUAACUCUUUUCCAACAAGGCCUCAUAGCACUUGUAUACAGCUUGAUCCGCCAACUGAUUGAACACUUGCCUCCAGUAGCGAACGGUACCUCGGACCGUACGAUCAAGGCCGAUCAGUUUGCUGUUCUCGAUGGCACUUUUGCCUCAUGGAAAGAAGUGCUAUCCUUGAUAGACACCUUACUCAGCUUUGCACCUCCAUUGCUGAUAUGCAUCGUUGACGGAUUGGACAAACUGCAACAUCCUUCGACUGAUGGGUACAUCCGGUCACUGGUUCGACUAUUCGUGAGCCACACGAGAAAACCGCCCGAUUCGGAAGCGGGCAGACAGGACGUCCUACUCAAAGCCCUGUUUACCGUCUCUGGACCCCCAGACUCGCUAGUGGAAACGCUCUCUGAGAAUCCUCUCACGCUGAGCGAAUCCAAUAGCAUCAUCGCCAUGACCGCCGCUGAUACCCCGCUAUGCAACGAUGUCGAAAUCGUGAUCGCAUAGAAUACAAAAGUAAUGGAUGUUUCGUUUAAUACCCCUUGUCUCAAGGCCGUCUUGACCUAUACCUUUUUUUUUCUAUCUUUGAUAUCAUUUCUUUUCGGGUGAAACUGGGCCAUAGAAUUAGCGCUGGGUAGUGAAAUAAAUUGGGAGCUGCAUGUCGGUGUCCACUUGGACCAUGUCUAUAUCAUCUUCGGAUACAUGGAUCAUGUACGAUUACAUCAGUAUUGACUCUUGAGGGCAGAAUACACUCGUUCAGUUCAAAGUUGACACCUGCAACUCUUCAAGACAAACGGAA